AUGGUCACCUUCCUGUUCACAGCGGAGAUGGUGACAAGAUUGUACGUCUUCAGAAUCGAUUUCUUUAUUUACGAAAGAAUGUGGAAUUGCUUCGAUCUUAUCAUCCUGUUCCUGGCACUCGUCGAGAUUGCUCUGGAGAUCGUGGUGCGCUCGCUUGCAGGCACGGAGAACAGCGUCUUCGAUGGUGGUGGAACGGCGAAGAUGAUGCGCCUGAUUCGCCUCACUCGACUUCUUCGCCUCGUCCGCACCUUUCGCCAGUUGAAGCCCCUACGGAUGCUGGUGCGUUCUAUCAUGGCCGCCGGCAAGUCUGUUUUUUGGGCACUCUUGUUGCUCUUCAUGAUCGUUUACGUCUUUGGAGUCGUCUUGACGCAAGCUGUGACGGAGCAUACUGAGGGCGGUGAUCGAAUCGAGGAUGACAAUCUAAUAUCGAAGACGUAA